ACUCUAGAGAAUCUAUAGGGAUUUAGUUACAGUCAAUUUUUGCUUCCUCAUUUAGAAAUUUUUUAACUUUUUUAAAUUUUACUGAAAUUCAUGGAUUUUUUUUUAUUUCUGGGUUGAAUUCUUCUCUAGUUUAACACACCAACUUUGGUCUGUUAUUAGAGAUCUACAGGCUCAAAUUAAAUGUUUCUGAGCAAUUCAAGGAACUAGGAAAACUGGAUAUAAUUUUUUUAUUUUCAUUUCUUUUGUUCUGUUAAAAGUAGUGGUUUUUUUUUUGUCUCAUUCUAUGUCUAGCAAAAAAAAAUGGCUAAGGAGACGAGUUAACCUGUGAAUCGCAGCUGGCCUGAGUCUCUGCUAUGCCGCUGAGUUCAGAUAAAAGAACUGUUAUACAAGCGGAAGCAGAAAUUCUCAAUUUCAGCUCUACAAGCUAUGGAUAUUCGCGAAAAUAAUCCGAAACAGUUGCAAGAAAAAGGUUUGUGGAUUCCGAAUACGCCAUCGAGGAUCACUAUACCAACCCCGCAAAAUCUUUCUAAUGCUGAACCAGAAAACCAGAUCGGCCAUGCAUAUGAGGAAUUUUUGUCUGGUUUUUUUCAUAGCAAUGGCAAUUGGGAAGUUCCUUCGGGUGGAUUACUUUUCAAGGGAAAUGCUACUGCUGAAACAGGCAAAUUUCAGAUUAGAGGAAGAUCACAUUUUACCUCUCUUUUGGCUCUUCAACAUAAGGCCUCAGCAGCAUGUACCAGUGGAGUAUCAGAAAAGAAAUUAGAUUUUUGGCCGGCCUACUGUGCGCAAGAAUCACAAGAUAGUUAUCACAUUCCUCAUGGAUGCGCCUAUGACUUGAAUUUAUCACCUGGGGGAACAGCAGUUGCCUUCUCUAGCAAGAGCACUUCCCAGAUUGCGCCCAUAACGCCAGAGAAAAGCGCAAGAGUAGAACACGGACAAGUAGCUCAAUCGCAAUGUUGUUCCACUGACGAAAGAGGAAAUGAUGAAAGCAAAGGGGAGGCUAAUGAAUUUGUUGCCACAGCAAUUGAUGCCGGCAAACUCCAGACAGAUAGAGAACUCCAAAAGUCAGCAAAGGAUGCAUCAUCUUCUGCUGUUUGUGGAGAAAUUGUGGAGAAUUGCAAUGCGGGUAAUGAAGCAAACCCUAUCAUUAUCAGUGAAACACCAGAGCAGAAACCUAGAAGGAGAAAGCACAGGCCAAAAGUAAUCACAGAAGGCAAACCUAGGCCUCGAAAAAUAGAGUCUCCAAUGCAAGCUCCUUGUGCGGAAAACUCAACUGCCAAGAGGAAGUAUGUGAGAAAGACACCUCUUAGUGAAACCCCAACGAGCACCCCAGCAGAACCUACAGAAAAACCAACAAGUCAGAGAAAUUUUGUAAGACGAAAACUGCUCAACGAGAUUGCAACUCCACCACUUGAAGCAAAUGGAGAGUCUAGCAAUACAAAAUCACUUGAGCCUGCCAAAACCUCAUGCAGGAAGUCCUUGAAUUUUGGCAGUGAAGGAAAUCCCGGACAUGAAAACAAUUUCAAAUCUAGGCUUAAUGCCGAAGAAGAUUCAAAACCACAGGCACAAGAUGGUGGUGGAGGAAAUCAAGUAAAAUCAACUGUGACUCUUGGGAAGGGAAUUGAAGUGAUAGUGGAAACCACAGAAAGAGGCACUACCUACGAUCCAACUGUUUCUAUUUACCAAAUGAUUCAAGAUUACAUCGCAUUGCAGGGAAAAGAGGGACUGAGCACAUCAAUUCCUAUAAAGACUGGUCCCUCAUGCAGUAAAGGGAACUACAAUUCGCAACAGAGCCAUGCUAAAGAAGACGACCAAAUGAUUGCUCAUAAUGUCGUGCAGAACAACGCAAGGGUGAUUUUGCAAACUGAUAAUCAACUAAUCGCAUUGCAGGGAAAAGAGGGACUGAGCACAUCAAUUCCUAUAAAGACUGGUCCCUCGUGCAGUAAAGGGAACUACAAUUCGCAACAGAGCCAUGCUAAAGAAGACGACCAAAUGAUUGCUCAUAAUGUCGUGCAGAACAACGCAAGGGUGAUUUUGCAAACUGAUAAUCAACUAGUGCCAGUAAUUACAAAUAGCUCCAAGUGUAAUUCCUUCACAACUUUGACUGAGGAAGGACAGGCAAACAGAACAAAUAAGAAGCUUUUCAAUUUCAAUCAACAAAGUACCUCCAGAACAAAUCUGACUGGGAUUUUUCACAACUCUUUGGCUAGAUACCAGGAGGCAUCUUGGUUUCCAAGCAUUUGCAAGAAAAAGAGGACUGAAAAGGCACAAAAUUCAAUUACAUCUUGUACGACCACUGUGAACAGGACAACGACAGUUGAUAAAGCACACCUUCAACACAAUGCCAGAGUAGAUCCUCCGGCAUCAUUAGUUAAUUGUUCACUUUAUGCUCCUCAUUCUAAUGCUAUAGAAGCUCCAUGUGCUUCAGAAGGAGAGGGCCUUAAGUACAAAAUGCUAUCUUCGAUAUCUGUUUUAGACCAAACAGAAAGAUCAACAAAAAAAAGAUCAAGAGUUCCCAAACGCACUCGAGACUUGGCUUCGUUAAGUAACAUUGCAAGCACCGCGACUUAUCUAUGUUGUACGGACCAAUCAAAGCCAAUGGGAUAUAAUGUUCAGCCAGUAGAGGACUCAAAUAGACCCCACAUGUGUAUGGAUGCUCUGGUUGCAAAGAUGAGUGGAACUUUGAGAAGAAAAAAGAGAACUAAAAAGGGUGUCCUUGUUAGUUCUACAUCCUCUGGUACAAAUCUGGAGCAAUCGCAGGGGAAAAUUAUCUUAUAUGGUCAGAGCAUAUUUUCAGCCAACUCAUUAGGUGCUUCCCAAGAAGUAAUAUGGAAACAGAUAUAUUCUGUUGAUGACCUGGCUGAGCAAUUUCAACAUUUAGACAUUAGCAGAGAAGGUAGGAAUGCACUUGUACCUUAUGGUGGAAAUCAACAGCAUAAUGAACUGGUCCUUUAUAGAAGUGACGGCACUAUUGUACCCUUCACUGGUUCAUUUGUCAAAAAACGACGGCCACGGCCCAAAGUUGACCUUGAUGAAGAAACCAACAGAGUAUGGAAACUUUUACUGGGGAACAUCAACAGUGAAGGCAUUGAUGGUACUGAUGAAGACAACACAAAACAGUGGGAGGAUGAACGGGAUGUGUUCAGUGGGCGUGCAAACUCAUUUAUAGCACGGAUGCAUCUUGUACAAGGGGACAGACGCUUCUCCCAAUGGAAGGGAUCAGUCGUAGACUCGGUAGUAGGAGUAUUUCUAACUCAAAAUGUCUCUGAUCAUCUUUCUAGUUCAGCAUUUAUGUCACUUGCUGCACACUUUCCCCUGCGGUCUGAGAGCAACAACAAACCAUGCUAUGAAGAAAGAGCAAGUUCAGUGUGUGAAAAACCAGUAGUGUGCAUGCCAGAUAUAGAAGACAACAUAAAAUGGAAUGAAGAGACGCAUCAAUCAAUUUGUGACCAAAGUUCCAUGACAAUUCAUGAAUCUGAGCUUGAUGAAGAAAAGGAGGUGAUCUACAGCAAUGAAUCUUCUACAAGCAGUACCUGUGUAGUCAACUCAAGUGUAUCAGAGAUAUAUUAUGAAUCAAUUGAGAACAGAUCAACCACAGAUACUUUCAAGAUAACAAGUUCUUGUGAUAUACGAGAAAGGACAAAAGCAACAGAUGAUGUACAGUCCUCUCAGAAUUCUGUGAUUGCAUCUCAAAACUCUCAGGAUUCACCAACUUCUCAAACUACUGAAAGAAAAGAAAUGCUCUCAAAGAACAGCUCAGGAGCGGGAGAUGUAAUUGGUGGAUCUAAAUCUGAUAGUUCAAGCAGUCCUUGUUCUUUCAAGGAACUGCUGAGCAAGGUUGGAUCUUACAUGCAGCAUGAAGUUCAUAGAAAUGUCUAUGAGACUGUCUUAUCUAAUGAAAGCUCAUACUACGAGUAUAACAAGACCAAAACUGUGGAGAAGAUGUAUAAUUCUGACAUUAAAAACUCAGAAGUAUCUAACGCUCCAUCCAACUAUAGUUUGCAGCACCAUCCCUCCAGCUUAGAGAAGACAUUUGAGUUGAUUACAGAGGAAGCAGGAUUUACCGAUGUAUCCAUUACGACCAGUGGCAGAAACAGUAUUAAAGAACCAAGUUCCCCUAUAGAAGUAUCUGCCAGUCAGAUUACAGAUGAAAAUAAUACGACCAAUGAUCCACCAUGCAUCACGAUUAAGGAAGACAAGCAUGUGACAAUCCAGACUCAGAGCCAAGACCUUAACAUUGUCGUCGAACAAAACAAUGAGAUGCAAUUAUUGAAAAUUUCAGAUGAAACAGAUGCUAUGGGGAGUAGCAGUACACUUAAUAAGGAAGCAAAAAACUUACAGAGAACAACAGAAACAGAUAUGAUUGAGCAUAGGUUUUCAGAAACUAAGGAGUUUGAUGGGAUGAAUGCUAUUACUAGAAAAGCAAAAAGCAGAAGAGUUGGGAAUGAAAUAAGAAGUGAUGUCGACUGGGAUGCCUUGAGAAAAGAAGCAGAUGCAAAAGGCAGGGAAAAAGAAAGACCACCAAACACAAGGGACUCUCUGGACUGGGAAGCAGUAAGAUGUGCAGAUGUUGAUGAGAUUGCAAACACAAUUAAAGCACGUGGAAUGAACAACAUGCUGGCAGAAAGAAUAAAGAGUUUCCUUAAUCGACUGGUUAGAGAACAUGGAAGCAUUGAUUUGGAAUGGUUGAGAUACGUGGAACCUGACGAAGCAAAAAAGUUUCUCCUAAGCAUAAGAGGACUAGGACUUAAAAGUGUGGAAUGCGUGCGGCUCCUCACGCUGCACCAUGUUGCUUUUCCAGUUGACACCAACGUGGGACGUAUAGCCGUACGACUGGGGUGGGUCCCUCUUCAGCCACUGCCAGAAUCACUUCAGUUGCACCUGCUAGAGCUAUACCCAGUGCUGGAAUCAAUUCAAAGAUAUCUUUGGCCGCGACUGUGCAAACUCGACCAAAGAACACUGUAUGAGCUACAUUAUCAGAUGAUCACGUUUGGAAAGGUAUUUUGCACCAAAAGCAAACCAAACUGCAAUGCAUGUCCAAUGAGAGGAGAAUGCAGACAUUUUGCAAGUGCAUUUGCAAGCGCAAGACUAGCCUUACCUGGGCCGGAGGAAAAAGGUAUAGUGGCUACCACAGAAAGCAGGACAUAUGAACCUAGCCCUGCUCCAAUAAUUGGCCAACCGCCAUUGGCCCUACCUCAAGCAACUGAACAAUCAGCAGAUCAUCAACUAGCUAAAUUAAACCAGCAAUCAGAAGCAAGACAUGGUAACAGUAAUUGUGAACCUAUUGUAGAAGAGCCAUCGUCACCAGAACCAGAAUGCACACAAGUAAAGGAAAUUGAUAUGGAGGAUAUGUUCUGUGAGGAUCCCGAUGAAAUUCCCACAAUAAAGCUUAACUUUGAACAAUUCACACAGAAUUUGCAAAACUAUAUGCAAAGCAAUAUGGAACUUCAAGAGUUUGACGUGUCAAAAGCCUUAGUUGCUUUGACAGCAGAAGUUGCCUCUAUUCCUAUGCCCAAGCUUAAGAAUGUUAGUCAACUGCGAACUGAGCACCAAGUGUAUGAACUUCCUGAUUCUCAUCCUCUUCUGCAAGGGUUGGAUAGACGAGAACCUGAUGAUCCAUGUUCCUACCUCUUGGCCAUAUGGACACCAGGUGAAACGGCCAAUUCUGUCCAGCCAUCUGAAAGAAGUUGCAUCUCACAAGAAUGUGGCAAACUGUGUGAUGAGAACACAUGUUUCUCUUGCAACAGCAUAAGAGAAGCAGAUUCAGAAAUUGUUCGAGGAACCAUCUUGAUACCCUGUCGAACAGCAAUGAGAGGUAGUUUCCCCCUCAACGGCACAUAUUUUCAAGUCAAUGAGGUGUUUGCCGACCAUGAUUCUAGCAUAAACCCAAUUGAUGUUCCUAGAUCGUGGAUAUGGAACCUACCAAGACGAACUGUGUACUUUGGCACAUCCAUACCAACAAUAUUUAAGGGUUUGACAACUGAAGGUAUUCAACACUGCUUCUGGAGAGGAUUUGUUUGUGUUAGAGGAUUCGAACAGAAAACAAGAGCACCUCGUCCUCUGAUGGCUAGAUUGCAUUUCCCAGCCAGCAAAUUAAACAGACGAAAAGGAAAGGAAUCAAAUGGAUAGCACACAAUGAUCUACAAUAAGCAAACACUGUAUCCAGGAUGAAAGACAAUGAUCUUUGGAUAAACAAUAACCGGCAGCACCAUUUUCAAAGAGUGUAACUUGGUUUCAAUUGAAAAAAGAAGUGUAAAAGUGCAGUUCAGCUUUACGAGCAUGUAACGUAUGAUCAUGUAGAAUGUACAUGGUUAACAAGUCUGUAAAUUUCUUAAUUUCUUAAUGUAAUGCUCAUAAUUGAGCCAUUCUUCCGAAA